GUACCAGGGUUUCGUCACACGAAUGAUUUUCUAACCCACUACCCGCAAUGUGGAAAAUUUCAUCCAACUGCAGGAGGAGGACUCGCAACUUGGUGGAAUUUCUCCCAGGAAUGUGUCCUCCGCGCGCACCUGGAGCCACCGGAGACAUGCAGAGGCAACAGAUUUCACACAUUUCCCCCUCUCUUGCAUGAUAGUCAGCCGCGGUGUACCUGCGAUUUUAUUCCUGUGAUGGGGAGAAGCGCACUGAGCUGCGCUGCCGUGAUCCUGCUGGCCGUCGUUUGCUCGUGUCGUGCCGCCACGCUGGAGUCCAUCCACUGGAGCAGCUCCAAUGCAAAAUUUACUCCUGGUCAGGGUUUAGUGCUCUACCCUCAGAUAGGGGACAAGAUGGACAUUGUGUGUCCUCGAGCUGAUGCCUCCACCAGUGGGACAGAGGAGUUCUACAAAGUCUACCUGGUCUCCCGAAGUCAGUUGGAGAGCUGCACCGUAGACAAGAUGGACACACCUUUGCUGAACUGUGACAAGCCUUACCAAGACGUAAAGUUCACAUUCAAGUUUCAGGAGUUCAGCCCUAACCUCUGGGGUUUGGAGUUCCUCAAGGGGAGGGAUUAUUAUAUCACCACCACAUCCACAGGCUCUUUGAAAGGUCUGGAUAACACCAGUGGAGGGACAUGUAGGACCAAAUCCAUGAAGCUGGUGCUGAGAGUUGGCCAGAAUGCUUCAGAUGCACCUUCAACACUUCAAGAGUCUCCGACCAGAUUCCCACCCACACCACCAAAGUCCAAGGCCAAGGACGCCUCCACAAAAGAAAGAAAUAUAAAAAACGUGGGCUCUGACACUGGACAAACAAACCCCAGCAGCAGCUCUCAACCAGGACUCUUCGUGUGGGUCAUCACUGGUUGUGCGAUCCUCCUUCUGGUAAUCAUAAUUCUGGCGGCAGUGCUGUGGAGGUGCCAUCAGCGCCGCUGUGUCCCUGACAGGCAACAGCAGUCUGCCUCCAUGUCCCUCAACACUUUGGCUGUCUCGAAGCGGGACAGCAUAAGCAGCGACAACAACGGCUCAGACCGCAGCGAUGUCUUACCUCUGCGGGCCUCUGACAGCAUGAUCUGCCGUCACUAUGAGCGCGUGAGCGGCGAAUAUGGGCCCCCUGUGUACAUAGUUCAGGAGAUAAUGCCUCAGAGCCCUACCAACAUCUACUACAAAGUCUAAUGCUUGCUGCUUUACUGAACUGGUGGCAAUCAUUAAUUCCAACUGCUGAGGAAAAACUCUUAAGCCUACAAGUCAAAAUGAAGUCAAAGCUUCCACGGCUGCACCUGUCAACACCUGUGAAGAAAUGUUAGAAGCUAUGUUGCACUGUCCCUGAACUUUGAACAGACAGACGCCUGUCUUGUUGUGUAGUCACACUGCAGAAAGUGGAUAAAAUGUUGUUGAAGCGUUUCGUUUUCUUGAGUGAAGAGACAAUCUGAGAGGAAGCUGAUGUCGUAUCAGAUCACUCAGUAGAUGUGCUCAGUUUGUUUCGUAAGAUAUUCUUGGGAGAGGGCAAAACAUUUAUUUUGAAGAAAAUCUGUUUCUUGCUGUUGCCAUAUGUGUGUACAACAAUUUGGAUUUUGUUUAACAUGUUGAUGAAUAGGGGGAGAAAAGGAUAAUCUUGCAUCCCAAUGCACUAAAUUUACAAGUGUGCCACCGGUGGAUUGUGGAAACUUUGUCUCAAAAGCUAUGAAGUUAAAUGAAAAUCAUGAUAAGCUGGCUUUUAUUGCAGUAAAACAGUGCUGAGGGAUCCACAAACAGCUUCUCCAAUCCAUUCACCUCCUACUUUAAAAACUAAUUAAGAACAGUGAUAAGUAACCAGAUGAAUAACAGUGUUUCAGUUGUUUCAAUUUAUUGGAAAUCAUUGUCUUCUCCUUCUGCAUUGCAAAAACCAAGAUGUGUAACAGGAGGAAACAUGAGGGACAGACAGAAAAUGAAUGAAAGUUAAUGCAGAAAUGAAAGUUUGAAUCAUAAAUUAAAGGACAUGCCCUCGAUGUUCCUUGUGGUUGCAAAAUUAAUAAGCAGCACAGUGCAUGAUGAAUUCAAGGAAUCAUAGGGUACAGCAGCACAACAUACUAAUCUUUUAUGAGACCAUCAUCUGGUUCUGCUAAGCAAUUACAACCACUGCACAGUAUUGAAAAGAUAUUUUAGAUCUUUGUUUUGUUGUGUAUGUUAGCUGUAGCUCAUGCUAAAGUAAUUCUAAACUCAAGCCACUUCUCUGAAUGUUGCUUUUAGAGGGUUAAAUUAAAUACUUCAAAUUACUCUGGUUUAUUUUCCCCACACCUCUAAUUGUGCCUAAUUGUUGGCAGGUUUAUGUUAUGCUGCA